AUGGAGGGUUCAAUCAGGUGUUCUGCUAACUACAUCCCCCUCUCUCCAAUCAGCUUCCUGGAGCGCUCGGCCAUAGUCUACAGAGACAGGCCUUCUGUUGUAUACGGAAGCAUCAUCUACACUUGGAGAGAGACACUUGAACGAUGCACCAGACUCGCUUCUGCUCUUUCCCAGCUCGGAAUUUCUCGUGGAGAUGUGGUAGCUGCAUUGGCUCCAAAUAUCCCAGCAAUGUAUGAGCUCCAUUUCGGUGUUCCAAUGGCAGGCGCAGUUCUCUACUACCAACUUUUCCAUGUUGCUAAAGGAGCAUUUGACAUUCUGUCCAAGACUAGAACCAAGCUACCUGUUCUAGUCUUAAUCCCAGAGAGUAAUCAAUUGUCCCCUGAGUUCUGCAACCCCAUUUCUGGGAACUUGGAAUAUGAGAGCCUAUUAGGAAGGGGAAAACUCGAUUUUGAGAUCCAACGGCCAAAGACGAAUGGGAUCCAAUUUCACUCAACUACACUUCAGAUGCCCUCAAUGCCUGUGUAUUUAUGGUGUGUGCCCAUGUUUCAUUGCAAUGGCUGGUGCCUCACUUGGGCUGUGGCUGCUCAGGGUGGCACCAAUAUCUGCCAAAGAAAUGUCACUGCAAAAGGAAUAUUUAGCUGUAUUUCUCAGCACAAGGUGACCCACAUGGGUGGUGCACCCACCGUUUUAAACAUGAUUGUAAAUGCACCAGAAAAUGAGCGAAGGCCACUUCCGGGAAAGGUAAUAGUCAUGACUGGAGCUGCACCGCCACCAGCCCAGGUACUAUUCAAGAUGGAAGAACUUGGGUUCAAUGUAACCCACUCAUAUGGUUUGACAGAAACUUAUGGUCCUGGGACAGUUUGCAGUUGGAAGCCUGAAUGGGAUUCCCUGCCUCGGGUUGAACAGGCAAAGAUCAAGUCUAGACAGGGGUUGCAACAUCUUGGCAUGGAGGAACUCGAUGUUAAAGAUCCUGUGACCAUGAAGAGUGUACCAUCUGAUGCAAAAACCAUGGGUGAGGUUAUGUUCAGGGGCAACACCGUGAUGAAUGGAUACUUGAAAGAUCAUCAAGCAACAAGGGAUGCAUUUAAAGGUGGAUGGUUUCAUAGUGGGGACUUGGGGGUGAAACACCCAGAUGGUUACAUAGAACUAAAGGACCGUUCGAAGGAUAUUAUCAUUUCUGGGGGCGAAAAUAUUAGCACAAUUGAGGUGGAAUCAGUGCUUUUUAGUCAUCCAGAUAUUCUUGAGGCAGCUAUUGUGGGAAGGCCUGAUGAAUAUUGGGGGGAGACACCUUGUGCAUUUGUGAAGUUGAAGGAUGGCUGUAAAACUGGUACAGAGGAGAUUAUUAAGUUUUGUAAGGAUCGGUUACCCCAUUAUAUGGCUCCUCGAACAGUUGUUUUUGAAGAUCUGCCAAAGACUUCGACCGGGAAGGUGCAGAAGUUUGUAUUGAGAGAAAAGGCUAAGGCCAUGGGAAGCCUCACCAAGAACACCAUCAGCAAACUGUAA